AUGAGCUCGCUAUUACCGCUUAUCUCGGAAAUCCUUCCGAUGAUAAUGCCCGCCUCUGCCAACAUCACCCGCGCCAAACAGCUGGAACCAACUCAUCCUACUGUCGAGGGCCCUGUUAUUGAACGCCCUGCUGUUGUUGGAAAAUGCGACAACAUGUGCGUAACUGUUCUCACAACGCGACCUCAUUCCAAGUCCACAGUUCGACAUAACAGUGAACAAGACACCAUCAUAUACGCCGUCUCAGGAAAUGGCGUUCUUAUCGUGAAUGAGGCUGUCAACUCUGAAUUGAAACACCAUGAUCUUGCACCCGGAGACUUUGCCUUUGUCCCCGCCUGGAUCGAACAUCAGGUCAAGAAUGACACAGACCAAGAUGUCCAAUGGCUCAUGAUCCAAAGCGGCUCAACUCCCAUCCGCGCAGACUUAACAGAAUGGGGUGGCGAUGUGAUCCAGACAAAGAAUUGA